AUGGGCCUGCCAUGUAAGCCAUGGCUUGUGCUUGGCGUCCUUCUUUUCACGGCCCUCUGGCUAAUCGCCUGGCAAGUAGGGAAGUUUUUGGCCUGCGAAGCAGUGAAUUCUUUGAGCGAUGGCCGUGGAGACUUCAGCAGUAAGACAGGGGCGAAGCGCAAGAAGACCUGUUUGCGACCUGGCGAAAUGGAGCAGGGUUUUAUGACACGCGACUGGAGAGGGCCGGAGGGGCGGUGGACGAUCAUGAGGUUCACCAUCUCGGCCUUCAACAACUAUGGCUUUGUGAAGUCUUUCUUGGGUCGCGUAGAGGCACUACAUCCUGAGAUUGGUUGUUUCAUCUGGGUGGUGGCGGACAACCGUCGCGUGUGGUCGCGGCAUGGCGAUCCGCUUCUUCCCGAACAGAUCUUGGAUGAUCUUCCAGACCGGUGGUACAGUGUCAUGGCGGAGAAGCUGCAACCCUACUUGAAUUUCAGUGUCACCGAGCUGGCCUUCCGCUACAACUUGCAGUGUUUUAGUACGGCCAUCAAGCCGGCGGCCUUCAAGUUCAUCUUUGAUCGCUUCGCUGCGCAGAAAGUCUUGUACUUUGACAACGACAUUUGGAUCCUGCAGCCCUUGACCACCAUCAUUGACGCGUUGGAUCGUUAUAACAUGGUGGUCACACCACAUGCCACCGAACCAUUCCCAGUGGAUGGUCGAACUCAGGACGAACGGGCCAUCAUGCUCGCUGGCCAGUUCAACUUUGGCUUUAUCGCCCUGGCCAAAAGCGCGGUCAGCUCUGAGUGGCUUACCUUGUGGAUCGAGCGUCUGCGGUAUUAUGGCUUUGCCAGUCCCAGCGAGGGGAUGCACUUCGACCAGAAUUGGGGCAAUUUCAUUCCUUCCUAUUUCGCGCAAGAUCAGUACCUGAUUUUGCGAGAUCCACGCUACAACAUUGCAUACUGGAACUUGCAUUAUCGCGGAAAACACCUGCACAUGGUGGACGACAUUGUGAUGUACGAUUCAGAACCAGUGGUUUUUAUGCAUUUCUCCGGCAUGUCCGAUUUGCUGAAUUAUGAUAUUGAAGGCAUCUCCCAACACCAGAAUCGGUAUAAGAUGAACAACUUUCCCAAGUUGCGCCCCAUUUUCCAAAAGUACCUGGCGUUGCUCAAGAGCGAAAACACCAUGCACUGGCGGCACGUGCCUUAUGGUUUCACCAAUUUCAAAGAUGGCAGUCGUGUUCCCGAUGCGGCCCGUCGCGUUUAUGCACGCAUGAUGGAUCCGGGUCAUUCCCAUCGGAGCGACGCGCGGUUGUUUCAGGACACCGUUGCCUUUGAGGAUCCCUUUCGGAUUGUUGCCCCCGCACCCAAGAUCUCCGUGCUCUCGUGGAUGUUGGAAGGGGCUCACCACUUGAUCGUAGAGCCUCGGGGUCCGGAAUGGAUCCCUGAAAUCGCUUGGGAAGCUUACCAGACAAGGCCGGAUGUCAUGGGUGUGUACCCAGAUCCCUUUGGUCGAGUCCAUCAUGCUGAAGGUGUCCAGAACUGGUUUGGUGGGAAUGGCAUGCGAGAACAUGGUGCCGACUCCAUUCGGAAUCACUUCGAACGGGUUUGGCGAGAACAUAAGACCAUGCCUAACCCGAACAUGCGCUUGCCCUUUGGCGUGAACGUCUAUGGCUGGCUUCAUGACUUUUGUGGAGCCUGUGAGUUUGGACGCUUGUCGAUCGACGUCUUACAGGCUUCAGGGAUGCGCACCACAGCGAUCUUGUUGCCAAGUGGGGUGAAGCACAACCAGAACACCUCGUUGGUGAAAGCGACUCGAAUCCCCACCUUCUACUUCAACCUCUUUGUGGCCAAUGCGGUGCAUACCGCGGACAUCGUCAAUCGAUAUCCCACGGCGGAAUGGAAACGCCACUACAACAUCGCAUACUGGUCCUGGGAAUUGGAUCAGUUUCCAUCGAAAUGGUUGGGCUACAUGGAGGUCUUUAGUGAGAUUUGGACGGUGUCGGACUUUGUGACGAUGUCCAUCCUCUCAUCCCCGGGCUAUGCCGGGUAUGUUGAAACGCCCGUGAUGACCAUGCCGAUGGGGCUCACUCUCAAUGUAACUAUGUACAAAGCAAACCGGACCCGCUUCAACUUUCGGAAGGGCACCAUGGUCUUUUUGGUGAUGUUUGACUUCUUGAGCAGCUACCACCGCAAGAACCCCUUGUCUGCAUUGGCAGCCUUCCGACGUGCAUUUCAGAAGUCCAAAUCGAAUGUGCUCCUCGUGAUCAAGUGCGUGUUGCCCUUGGAACACUUUUCUUUCCAGCAAGAAUUCAACCAAUUGAAGAUGGAGGUAAGAAAAAGCAGACGUGUUCGGAUCAUGACAGAGGUGCUCUCGCAACAGGAGCUUGGCACGUUGAUGGCAUCUGUGGAUGUCUUUGUGUCCUUGCACCGCUCAGAGGGUUAUGGCCUGCUCCUACUGCAGAUGUUGAUGCUUGGCAAGCCAGUUAUCGCGACUGCAUAUAGCGGAAACAUGGACUUCAUGGCCAAGCUUCCCGAAAGCUUCCAAUUCUUGCAAAUUCCUUAUCGUUACACCUGGGUGAAUGUCUCUGAGCCCUUCUUGGAGACGUACCAAACGGGUCAACGCUGGGCGGAGCCUGAUGUCUCCAAGGCAGCCAAAGCCAUGCAGAUGCUCUAUGCAGACCGUUCCCUCUUGGAUUCCUGCCAAAAGGUGAUUGGCCCCUGGUUCCGGAAGAAGUUCGGUGCUGAUGGCAUCGGCUCCCGCAUGUACAUGCAUCUGAAAUCGAUUUACCGAAGCAAGCGACGGCGCGGCGCGGAGGAGGCACCUCCGUGA